CAUUACCCUACAUGGUAAAAGAGAUUUCGCAAUCGCUUUCCUCUCCAUGUUCCAAACAAAAACAGUGCGAGCUGAAACUCAGACGGAAUAAAACUCGUUUUCUACGGUUACGUCCCCCACUGUGACGCAUGGUUGAGUCCGCCGCCGGUCCGUGAAGGUGUCGUCCUCUAGGCUCCGUGGCGUUGAGGAACAACUUCCUGUUUGGUCACCUGAGGAGAACCGGACAUCAGCACCUGAAGGCAGCUCCUCCGAUGAGCCGGCCGUCGCAGGCGAAGCUAACCGACUUCCAGCACACCGGCGUGAGCGUCAUCCAGGCCCCGCCCCCCCACGGCAGGAUGAAGAAGCCCUCGGCGGAGAAGGACAGCGACGAGUACCGGCAGCGGCGCGAGCGCAACAACCUGGCGGUGAAGAAGAGCCGCAUGCGCAGCAAGCAGAAGGCCGUGGACACGCAGCAGCGCGUCAACGAGCUGAAGGAGGAGAACGAGCGGCUGGAGGCCAAGAUCAAGCUGCUGAGCAAGGAGCUGAGCGUGCUCAAAGACCUCUUCCUGGAGCACGCCCACAACCUGGCCGACAACGCGCCGCCGCCCGCCAGCCCCGCCAACGGCCAGUGAGGGGGCGGAGCCUCUUUCCCACAAUCCUCCUGGGUCGUUUUACACGUUUAGAUCUGACGUAUCAUACAAAUUCAUAUAAUUUAUUGUCUUCAGUCCAAUGUGGAGUGAAAUGGACAGAAGGUGAACUCUGACCCGACGGACUAAAGGAUGUUAUUGAUCCAUCGAUCGGAGGAACAGGAUGGUUCUUCUUUUUUUACAAGUGUGUUCUUAAUGUCUCGUUCUCAAACCUGAUCUCUUUGUUUUAACAGUCCGUAUUUAUGCAUCCUUUAUUAUUCCUUCUUUAUUUCUUGAGCAACGGAAGGUUUUAAUGAGCAGCUUGUUGAAGAGGAGACGAACUGAGCUGAGAUCAGUUUGUAAAUGGAUCCCUGAUCUAUAAUCAAUACUGAUCAUUCUCCAGUCUCAAAGAUAAGAUAUCAAUCGAUCUAUUGUUUUAAAGUGACUGAUUCAUCUUUUAGUUAUUAGAGCGAAACAUGAAUAAUAACCUUUUAUUCAUUAUUGAUAAACUGAUUCCUAAUGUCAGCUGUUUUUUACUCAUGACUCCACCUGGUGCUGGGCGGACCCCGACAGAGGGGGCGGGGCUUAUAAUUCUAUGAGCUUUAGCAGCGUCGAGUGUUUUCUUCACGAGCUUCACCAGGAAUGUUGUCUGAGUCCUGCUCCAACGUUCUGUAAUGUUCUACAACAUGACCAACGUUCUGUAAUGUUCUACAACAUGACCAACGUUCUGUAAUGUUCUACAACAUGACCAACGUUCUGUAAUGUUCUACAACAGUCAGACCAACGUUCUGUAAUGUUCUACAACAGUCAGACCAACGUUCUGUAAUGUUCUACAACAGUCAGACCAACGUUCUGUAAUGUUCUACAACAUGACCAACGUUCUGUAAUGUUCUACAACAGUCAGACCAACGUUCUGUAAUGUUCUACAACAUGACCAACGUUCUGUAAUGUUCUACAACAGUCAGACCAACGUUCUGUAAUGUUCUACAACAUGACCAACGUUCUGUAAUGUUCUACAACAGUCAGACCAACGUUCUGUAAUGUUCUACAACAUGACCAACGUUCUGUAAUGUUCUACAACAUGACCAACGUUCUGUAAUGUUCUACAACAGUCAGACCAACGUUCUGUAAUGUUCUACAACAUGACCAACGUUCUGUAAUGUUCUACAACAGUCAGACCAACGUUCUGUAAUGUUCUACAACAUGACCAACGUUCUGUAAUGUUCUACAACAGUCAGACCAACGUUCUGUAAUGUUCUACAACAGUCAGACCAACGUUCUGUAAUGUUCUACAACAUACAGCGGCUCACAACAAAUCAGUGAGGUCUGAUGCUUCUUAAUCAGGCUCAUAUCAAUAUGUAAUAGUCAAAUGAUCAGCUGUUGUGUGAUCUUGUGGGAACAUUGUGAUCUUGUUGUGGGAACAUUAUGAUCUUGUGGGAACGUUAUGAUCUUGUGGGAACGUUAUGAUCUUGUGGGAACAUUGUGAUCUUGUUGUGGGAACAUUAUGAUCUUGUGGGAACGUUAUGAUCUUGUGGGAACGUUAUGAUCUUGUGGGAACGUUAUGAUCUUGUGGGAACGUUAUGAUCUUGUGGGAACAUUAUGAUCUUGUUGUGGGAACAUUAUGAUCUUGUUGUGGGAACAUUAUGAUCUUGUGGGAACGUUGAGCGCUCGGAGCUCCGCCUCCAUGUUUUUCACUUUUCUAGCGUGUGUUUUCUAUCUCCAGCAGCAUGUUUAGUCUGCAUGACGUGGUUCUGUUCUUCCGUCUGAAUGUUGCUGGGCAGCAUCUCUGGUUUUAUAUCAGCAAUCUGGGGAACGUGCACUGUACAUUAAAUUCUGUACAAAAGAU